AUGAGUACGCGAAAACGCAUCAUUUCAUCGUGCAUACCAUGUUACACACGAAAGCAAAAGACAGCGACUCCAACCGUCCAAGUUCUUCUGGACUCUCGAGCCGAGGAUAGGCCAAGGGAAAAAGCAAAGCUUGGCAGCAUCCGGUCAUCGAGUCUGCGAAAUGAAUGGAACGCAUACGUCAAAUCGGUCCCGUCGGCCGCGGCGCCGUGGUCAGGGCCUUCGCUGGCCGAAUCAUUCGGCUACUUUGAAGGAAGCAGCAGCAACACGUUUGCCCUGAUACAAAAGGUAAGGCUCGUUUCUAGUACCAGAUCUCCAACCCUUAUCCCAGAAGCGGCAGACGAGGUCCAUCGCAGCAUGGAGAGGAUGCCUGACCGCCAGAUAUUGGACUUUCUGGUACAGUUCUUUGUAACUGAGAUCAACUGGAUGGACCAGCUGGUGCACAUUCCCUGGUUUCUGCCCAAAUACCGGGCGUUAUGGCUAGUAGAAAGGGUCACUCUGGUAGCCGAAGUUGACUUUAUCAUCCUGGUAUUACGCAUUUGCUCGUAUGCCUUACAGUUCCUGCCGUCUCCGGGGUACACGCUCGACAAGAUUCGCGGGAUGCUGCUUGCCGACGUGCGGACCCUGUGUGACGAGGCAGCCGAUAGCCUCGAAGCCAUCAGCACGGCAGCAGACAGCCGAGGCUCGUUAUUUCGGGUGCAGCAUCUUGCCUACUAUGGCCUCCAAUGCCGAGCCGAGGGAAAGACCAACGCAUCUUGGGAAGCGCUAAGCCGCGCCAUCCGUGUCGCUCAGAACGUCGGCAUGCACUGCGAUGCGGCAACCUCGCGUGUAAGCGGGGAAAGUGCCGACAGAGAGAUAGAACGCAUGACGUUUUGUAACCUGUAUAUCUAUGACAGCCUGUUUUCUCGGCAGCUAGACCGCCUCCCCUUCCUUCCAACAACCCUCUCCCCCGGGAAACGGCCGCAGCUGCAUAUCCUCCGGAGUGCAUCCGCCCGGGGACCAGACUCUGACAGCAGCCUAGAACCAGGCACAGACACGCCCGAUCCCUUCACGGAGCGGCUCCUGGAGAUUGACCUGGCCAACUUCUGGCGCACCGCAGGCCCCGUGCAGGACACGGACGAAUACGACAUGGUCGCGGCAGAAGAACGGUACGAGCGGUUCUGCCGCGAGUACGUCUCGCAGCUGCCUCCAGCCUUUGCGCUCGCCAACCCGGACGAGACGUGGGACAAGCGCAUUCCAAAGCUGCCCCUGCAGCGCAAGCUCCUGCACAUGACCAUCUACGAGUCCAUGUGCUGGAACUUCCGACCACUCCUCCUGCGUCGGCCCGCCCCGCUGCCCGCGUACAAGUCCUUCAUGCUGAGCUGGCAAAAGCGCAAGCUUGCCUCGGCGGCCCUGCACGUCCUGGACAACGUCGCGCAGCUGCACGCCCUGCUCGGGGACUGCCAUACGCGGCUGGUGGGGAUCGUCUUCCUGACCUUUGAAGCCGCGGUGCUCCUCGUGUCGCUGUGCACGGAUCCGACGUUUCCCGAGGUGUGUCCGCAACAGCACGUGCCGCCUCCCGGCGCGCCCGUUUUCAAGGCCGAUCCCCUCCAGGCCGGGCUCUGCCGCGUCACGCUGCAGGGGUGUCUCUCGGCUGUAAAGGACGCGUUGAAACGCCUGAGAAUGCUCGCGGCGGUGUCGAACAUGGCGGAUGUGGGGGCAAAUACUCUGACGCAGCUGUUGAGCAAGGCUUCGGAGCUCAGCGCGCGCAUGGAAACGGCCGCGGACGAGGCGGUUGCAGUUGCGGACGAUGCAGCAGCGGCAGCAACCGUGAUGCCGAUUCAGAAUGCCGAGAACCCGGACGUGCCGCCGGUGGCGAGUAUCGCGGCAGCAGCAACAGCAGCACCACUGGUAAGACGUGCAACUGCACCGACCUUGACCACCGUGACGACUACCCAACCCGCAACAACAACUCAUGCGAUUGUGGAACCGACAUCGGCCGCUACGCGUGAUAUGACCUCGUGGCUGCCUGGCGAUCUGUCAGAUAUGCGCUCAACGAUAAGCGACUUUACGUCGAUCAGCUCGGCGCCCACACUGGCGGAUAAUAUGGCGACCUGGCCUGCGUUUGACGCGUCAAGUGUGUUUACCCAGGAUGCGUACAUGGACUAUUGGGCCAGGCAGGCUGCGGAUUCUGCUUGA